UGUGGGAAGUUCAUCUGGAUUCUGAGAGGUCCCCAGCUGUGGGGAUUUAGUCCCAAAGUGUGGGGUUUCUUCUUGUGUUUCUUCUGAGCUGGUCACCUUGCCAUGCAGAAAUCCCCACGGAAGAGCCAGGCUACGGUUCUGCCUGACCCCACUCUAUGGCCCAAAUCCGUAAUUUUGUUUUCACAAACAAGGCAAAAAAAGACAAAGCAGAAAAGCCCCUGGCUGUACUUCAAAACUCCUAAGGAUUGCUUUGGCUAUUCUCUGUGUUUUCUGAUAAAAGCCAUAUUUACAUAAAUCUGGAGAAAGGUGGACUUGCUUUUAAGCAGGUUUCCUAUCAGAAAUCUUAUCUACCCUUAGCUGUGAAGAGAAGAAAUAGUCUUUGGAAGCUGGGUGGUAGUUCCUGGGCAUGAACUGCUUGGCAGCUCUUGUGAAACUUGCUUGGCUUUGAUGCCAGAUUACCGCAGCAGCAGGAGACUGGAUUUGGAGAGGGAGAGGUCAUUGUUCCACCCCGUCUUCUGCAAAGAGCUUACGGCCAGGAGUGAGCUGCGUUGGUGGAGAUCUGGGUGCAUUUAGUUCCUUGUCUCAAUCACAUACCACACUUAACAUCGGUUUUCUGCUGGGCUUUUUAUCUUGUUCCUUCUCUUUCCUCCUGGAGCAUUGGUAAGAGCAGUAAAGAAGUUUGAAACCCUCUGCAGCAGAGACUGUAGGAGUCACCAUUGUGCAAAACAUUUGCCUUCAGUCUCCCAGGAUCUGUUCCCUGCGUGGGUGCAGUUUGCCCCAGAGGGGUGGCCAGCCUCAGCCUUUGCCCAGCUCUGCGCUUUCCGGUAUCAGGCCUUUGCAGAACGUAACCACGCAACAAAGGUGAAUCCUCUGGGUUUGUAAUUCUGGCUACAAACUCACCGUAGGCCCCCAAAGUCAUGGUUGUGAGGCUGUGCUGCGAGGAGGGGAGGCGCUGCGGCUGGCUGCUCGCAGUGCGUUCAAGAUUUAACACACACAGUUGCACCAGCAACGCGCCCUGCAUGAAGUGGGUUUCUCCCCAUGGCACUUAGCAGGUGCUGCUCUGACAAGAAAUACUUGUCAGUCCUUUAUUUUAGAGCGUUACAGCCUGGUGUGGAAAGAAGCUGUGGCAGGACCUGUCUGUAGGCUGUCCAGAUGGGGAUGUUUGGUGAUAAGCGAAGGCACUUCAGCAAGGGAUUGAUAUCCUAGUUAUCCUGUGUGUAAAAGCUAAAUCAAACACAGCGAGCGGUUGUGGGUCUGUUAUCUCAGGCCUUUAGGUCUGCCUUAGCGGGUUAUGCUGCUUUCAGCGUUCAGGGCUUGUCACCCAGUGUUUUCUGUUGUAAUUCAUGUCAUAAUUGAAAAGGAGCAGGUUUGGUCUCAUGGUUUCUGCUUUGGUCAGAUCAUGACGCUCUUCUCCAGUGACAGAGCUUGCAGGCAAGCCCGGGAUGCCAGCUCUGUUCUGAAAUCCCCAGGUAAAGGGAAGAGUAGCUUAAAAGAAGAGUAGUUUAGAAGGAAGAAAUGUCCCUGGCUGCAGUACUGUGUGCUGGCGUGUGCACAUGAGGCUGGCAGCAACCAGCUGUGGGCCUGCUUGGCUGUAUCUUGGGAAUUUGUUUUGUUGGAUGACUCGGAUACUUUCCCUCUUGUGCCUGCAAGAGAAGCCGUGUGUGUCAGUGUGUGCGGUUGCUGCCGGAGUGGCUGCAUUGCGAUGAGCGCGAAGCUGGCUGGAGAAAUGGCCCUAUCGGUCUGAAAUUAGAUCCUGACGUGACGCAGAUCAACUUGGAGAGCUCUCGUGUUCGCUGUCCUUGUGACUGUUUCCAAGCUUGUUUCCCACCACGUGCAGCUCUUCAGCGGCUGUCGUGACCUUGCGGAGAAGUCAUGCCACAGAGAAGCUUUGUGGCUCCUCGCAGGUGCAUCCUACCACCUCAUUCUGCUGCAGGACCUUUUGCUUUGAGCCGAUUCUCGGAUAUUUUGCCUGUGUUUCCUGCGUGGGGUCCGUGCUGCCUCCUCUGUUGUGUGGGAGAUGGUUGGCAGGGAGCACCGUGCAGCUGCUCCUUGCGAGAGCUGGGGAAGAGCAGCACCUCCUGUCACCCGUAACCAGUGGGGAGAGGUGAGGUUGAUUCAGACCUUGUCUGACACAAUUGUGUUUUGGAGAAGUGACAGGCAGGCAGGUGAGGAAUGAGCAGAGGCUUUGAGGUGGUUUUUCUUCCUACAUUAAGCCUGGCCCUGAGCCCUGCUGUGGUCAUGUAGGAAGCUGGUCUGGAGGCAGUGUGGACCCACAAACAGAGGCUGUGGCUGGAUGGAGACGGCAACCUCCCACAGCUUUUGCAGCAUUAUUUUAUAGGACGUUUGGAAUCAGGAGGGAAAUGAGCGGGGAAAACAAGCUUGUUUAGCCUCGGUCUUCCUUCCCUCCUGUCAUUCUUGAGUCUAAAGUGGAGUUUCCUUUCUGAUGAACAAGCAAAUCAGCAAGAUGCAGGAUCACACUGUCAGCUGGGUAGCAAACUGGUGUGUGGGCAGGCAGGAACAGCCCGUCUGCAAGCAGGGAAACUGUCCCAGGCCCACAAAGGCAGAGAGCCCUCGGCAGGGCUGUCUCUGGCUGAAGUGCAGAGUCUUGACCUUAAGAGUUGUUGCUUUUCUUCAGCAUGUUCUCCACAGCUCUGCAUUGAGUCGCCAAACUGUCCUGAGCUGCUUUAUCUGAUGGUAUUGGGUGACUGUUUGUGUGGUGUCACUUUGGUCCUCAACUUCAGUUUCUGCCUCCGAAAGCUGGAGAAUGAAAGUGCUGAACAGCAAUUCAGACAUGUUGCAAUGGCUGUGGCUUUGAUGGGUUUGCUGGCAACGUGGGAGAACACAAACAGUCUCCAGUCUGAGGGUAACGUCCAGCACCUCGGUGCCCUCCUGGGGUUUUUGGGAGCCAUAUCACGGAGCAGUGCGCCUCGAUCAUGCUAGCUCAGCAGUGGUCCAAAGAAAAUGGUGGUGCUGCAGCAGCCCUUGAUUGUGGAAGAACAGAUGCACGGUCAAAAUACCCCAUUCUGGGUGGCAUCUGGGCUGGGUUCACUCUGCCUGGUCUGGGAAUGGUCACAAUCUUGCCCCAGUGGGCUCAGCCAGAGCUCAGGCACUUGCUGAUCCCUGACCCUCACAGCCAUCGGGGCUGUUCUCCUGCCCAAAGCGCCCAAGAAGGGCCAGAGCCCUGUGUGCAAGGUGUCCCAUACCUGUGUUGCGUAGCACAUGUGUGCGUGGGGCAGGCCGGGGUACCACCGACAGAGGCUUCCUUGCAUUUUGACCAUUUUCAGACUUAAUUGAAACCACCGGAGCAGCCUUCCCCACGGCCUGCUCUGCAGAUGUCAUUAGGAGAAUGGCUCUCGAUUGCCACACAGCCGUGGCCACCGCGCUUCCUCACGGUGACUUUGCUGGGGAAUGCACUCACUUAUUUUUAUUCUUUGGCUGCGCCUUCUGUGCGUGUUUCUCAAUCACAGAUUUCUUUCCUUUCUCGUGACCCUGCUCUGGAGUUGUGCAGACUGUCGCUCUGGGGAGAGGCAGGCAAGACAUCGAUUGGUACACUCGGUGUCCCCUCCUCCCUUCUCCCCCUGUCUUUAACAUUGUUUGGGGCAGAAAUUGGCUUAUCUCUAUUCUGCAGCUAUAGAGAAAUCCAUUCCCUGGCGCUUGUAGGGCUUCCUGUGGCAGGAAUUGCUCCAGCUCUUUAGCCUGAUUAGUGCUCUCCGCUGCCUCCAUGUGUGUUAGAGAGAGACCAUCUCUAAUUUAAUUUAAUAGGAUCCUGAAGAGAACAAACUCCUUUGAGCUGCCUCCGUAAUGGCACUGCCAUAGUUACCCGUAGCGUUGCUCACACAGUGUCUGGAAUCAUUUCAUUGAGCUACAGCGUCAACUUAAAAAAAAGAAAAAAAAAGUAUAUAUAAAAGCAGCUGUGAUAUAAACAGUUUCCAAGGUAACAAGGCUGGGGGAGGGUUUUUGUGUCCCGUCCCCUUGCUCCACGCGGAUGGGAGAGGGACGUGUGCUGUGGAGGAUCCUGGGAGGUUUCAUUCUCCGCUCCUAAUUCCUUUCUGCCACUGCUGCCAGAUGUUGCAGUUUCUCAGGACUCUGCGGAUCCACUCGGUAACUUCCAAAGCCCUGCCACGAGGAUCUGAGAGGACAGAACCACUCCUGCUAUGACCCGUGCCGGGACCUUUUUUGCCGGCUCUCUUCUCUUUAACAAAAGGCUGACGCUUGGCUUUAAUGCCCAGGAGGAGCAGAAUGGAAAGGCCUGUGUGCGUGUUGCUCCAGAGCUGAGUUAGAUCCGUCCCCCCACACCUCCCCUCGCUGCCCUGCAACUCUUUGUCUGCCUCUUCCCUGCCCCGGCCAUGGGCUGCACGUACUCGGCCCCGCGAGAAGAGGCGGCUGCAGCAAGGAGACCCAGCCUUGCAUUCUUCCAUUGUGAAAGAGAAACAGGGUGUGCUUAGGAUAGCGAAGCUCUUCUGGCUCCCUGGUGGGGUAGGCAUGGUGAGUAGCUCCAGUGAGGGAGAGCAGCUUCAUUGAGAAGAUGAAGAAGACGGGGCGGAACAUCGUGGUUUUCUAUGGUUCCCAGACGGGUACAGCAGAGGAGUUUGCCAAUCGCCUCUCCAAAGACGCUCAUCGCUAUGGCCUCCGGGGCAUGGCAGCGGAUCCAGAGGAGUAUGAUCUGUCGGACCUGAGUCGUCUCUCUGAGAUUGACAAGUCCUUAGCCGUGUUCUGCAUGGCGACGUACGGCGAGGGCGAUCCCACGGACAAUGCCCAAGACUUCUAUGACUGGCUGCAGGAGGCUGAUGUUGACUUGUCGGGUCUCCGGUUUGCAGUCUUUGGGCUGGGGAACAAGACUUAUGAGCACUUCAAUGCCAUGGGAAAGUAUGUGGACAAGAGACUGGAGGAGCUGGGAGCCCAACGCAUCUUUGAACUCGGGCUGGGAGAUGAUGAUGGCAACCUGGAAGAAGACUUCAUCACUUGGAGAGAGCAGUUCUGGCCAGCGGUGUGUGAGCACUUUGGGGUGGAGGCCACAGGAGAGGAGUCCAGCAUCCGCCAGUAUGAGCUGGUGGUGCACACAGACAUGAACAUGAACAAAGUCUACACCGGUGAGAUGGGUCGUCUCAAGAGCUAUGAGAAUCAGAAGCCACCAUUUGAUGCCAAGAACCCCUUCCUGGCCCACGUCACGGAGAACCGCAAGCUGAACGAGGGUGGAGAGCGACACUUGAUGCACCUGGAGCUGGAUAUCUCCAAUUCUAAAAUCAGGUACGAGUCUGGGGACCAUGUGGCGGUGUACCCAGCCAACGACUCCUCUCUGGUGAAUCAGAUUGGCGAGAUCCUGGGCACGGAUCUGGACACCAUCAUGUCCCUAAACAAUUUGGACGAGGAAUCCAAUAAGAAACAUCCCUUCCCCUGCCCCACGUCCUACCGUACAGCCCUGACCUACUACCUGGACAUCACCAACCCACCCCGCACCAACGUCCUCUAUGAGCUGGCCCAGUACAGCACGGAUGCUGGCGAGCAGGAGCGCCUCCGAAAAAUGGCAUCGUCUGCUGCCGAUGGCAAGGCUCUCUACCUCAGCUGGGUGGUGGAGGCCCGGAGGAACAUCCUGGCCAUCCUGCAGGACAUGCCCUCGCUGCGCCCCCCCAUCGACCACCUGUGUGAGCUCUUGCCGCGCCUGCAAGCCCGCUACUACUCCAUCGCCUCCUCCUCUAAGGUUCACCCUGACUCGAUCCACAUCUGUGCCGUGACGGUGGAGUACGAGACCAAGACGGGACGCGUGAACAAAGGGGUGGCCACCAACUGGCUCAAGAACAAGGUGCCUAACGAGAAAGGGAACAACUCCCUGGUGCCCAUGUACGUCAGGAAAUCGCAGUUUCGUCUGCCCUUCAAAUCCAGCACGCCUGUCAUCAUGAUUGGACCUGGGACUGGCAUAGCCCCCUUCAUCGGCUUCAUCCAGGAGCGGGCCUGGCUGAAGCAGCAAGGCAAAGAAGUGGGUGAGACGGUGCUUUACUACGGCUGCCGCCGUGAGCAUGAGGACUACCUGUACCGUGAGGAGCUGGCCCGCUUCCAUCAAGAGGGAGUCCUCACCCAGCUCAAUGUUGCCUUCUCCAGGGACCAGGCUGAGAAGGUUUAUGUCCAGCACUUACUGAAGAAGAACAAGGAAAGCAUCUGGAAGCUGAUUAAUGAGAGAAAUGCUCAUAUCUACGUGUGCGGUGAUGCUCGCAACAUGGCCCGGGAUGUGCAGAACACCUUCUACGAGAUCGUGGCUGAGUUUGGGAACAUGAGCCAGCCCCAGGCCGUGGACUACAUAAAGAAACUGAUGACAAAGGGCCGGUACUCGCUGGAUGUCUGGAGCUAAGAGCGAGGCUGGCGGGGCCAGGGAGAGAACAGACCCCAGGCGUGGGUCUGUGGGAGGUGGAAAGUGCCUGCUGUGGGUGACAGUGUCGUCCCCUGCCCACAGCUACCUCAGUGUCACUCCCAACCCCUCCUGGGCCACAUACAGCCCCCCCAGAGCGGGCUGUGUUCCUGAAUGGGUGGAAGGGGUUGGGAGAGGCAGGGGUGUGUAGCUCAGGCUCUUGUCCAGGAGCCGCGGUGCCCCUGACACCCCCAGGGAGCACCCAGCGUUUGCCUUGAGGUCAGGGGCUUGACUGAUGUGGGGCAGGAGGGACAUGUGCCAGGGGGGCUCUGGGCACCUUCCCUGAACAUGAGAUGUUGCCUUAUCCCCGCAGCUGGAGCCCCCCCUGGCCUGCCAGCAGGGACAGUCUGGGGACAGCAGCCCCUGUGACACAGGUUUGGCGUGAGGGCACAGCAUGGGGCAGCGAUCUGUCCUUGCCCCCCUCCUGCCCUCUGUGGCCAUCUCUAGACUAGAGACGUGGGGCUGGCAUCUGGCUCUGGGCUCAGAGCUGCCCCAGGACCCCGUAGGCACCUGCUCCUUUCCCCUGCUGCCCCCCAGCACGCAGUAGGGGGGAUGGCUCUACUCCCUUCCAGAGGACACCCGGCUUUAGGGGGGUGAGUCUCAGUCUGGGGGGUUUCUGCUCGCUCCCUGGGGUCCUGCAGCCGGCAGCUCCCCCAUGCCCAGCCUCUCCGUCAUGCUGUACGGUUAUUUUUUUAAAAUACUGUUUUUAUUUCAACAUCUUUGUGAUUUAAUCAUGGAAAAAGAAAAACAACAACAACAAAAAACCAACUUUCAGGCUGUCCAAUGACUGUAAAUUAUUUAAAUACAUUUGCCCUUGGAAUAAAAA